AUGCCAUGUUUCAAUGAUGACGGGGACUACGUGGGCCCGCUCUUGCGGUGCCCGCAUACACAUGCAGAUCGCGCCUGCGGCUUUCAGGAUGGCGCUUGGAAAUCGGCCGCCACGGCGGCUUACCCUUCGGAUUUCGCUGCUUUCUUCGCCCGUCUCUCUUUGAGUGUGAUGCCUGAGCUGAGGGCCGUGGCUGACUCCGACCUGAUCCCAGCCAACAUCCCUUCAUCAGCCGAAGCCUUUGCCACAGAGUGCAUCGCACGCGGUUCUUUCGAUCGCGCUUCAGUUCAGAUUCUUUUCGACUUGCUUCCUAAGACUCGGCCUCAUAAGAUCACAGGCAGUGCGGAACCUGGCACCGCUUUCUUUGGAGGCACUGUGCACCAGGAGGGCCUCACCGCACCGCGGUCCACUUGUUUUGCAUUCCCCGAGUCCAUGCGUGUGAUCAACGCUUUUCUUCACUCCGUGGACCCGCACCACCGUUAUGCUGCCUUUGUUCUCACAAAGAACGUUACUAGUGAGGUUCAUCGUGAUCCGCGGAACGCAGCAGUGCCCAACUUGAUUGUGGCAAUUUCCUCCUUUUCUGAUGGUGGCAUUUGGAUACAGGAUGACUCAGGUACCCAGGUGGCCAUGGCUUCCAUGUCCGAAUCAGAACUCAGGGCCACUGCCUCUUUGCGCCGUCGUGCUGCCUUGUCAAAACCGAACCGUGCGACCCCUGAAGAGAUUUCGCUUCUUCAGGAGGCCUCUAACUCCGAGGUUACCGAUAACUUCAUAGAGGGACCCUACACCGAAGCCCAGGUCACUGAAAUUUUCGGCCAUUCGGAUUGGGGCAUCAUUCCCAGGUUCGUUCUUGAGCAAGGCCUUGAGAAGAAGAUUCGACCCAUAGAUGAUGGGCAUGCUUCGCAGGUCAAUGAGGCUUUCACUUCCUUGAUUAAGCUGGAACUUCAAGGGGCCGACUUCGUUGCGGGUCUGGCUCUGCUGAUCUCCCAGGCCGAAAAGGAACGUUCAGAGCGCCUAGGUAUCGCUGCGAGGAAGUGGGUGGGUCGGACCCUAGACCUCUCAAAAGCUUAUAAACAACUAGGGGUACUCCCGCAACACCGUGACAUCGCCGUCAUCUGCCAUCCCAAUGAAAAUGGCGAACCGCAAUUCUUUAUUGCGAACGCACUGAUGUUCGGCUUGACAUCGUCGGUGUAUGGAUUUGUAAGAGUAGCUAGAAGCUUGCAUUUCCUGCUGGCCAAAGUGCUGAAGAUCCCUUCAGCCAACUACUUCGACGAUUACCCUCUCUUCACGUUGAGAGAUGGGGCCCACGAGCUUGAUGGUUUAACUUCCGAAUUCCUAGAAUUGCUGGGGUGGCGCUUCGCCCAGACCGGGGUAAAGGGUCAACCGUACGAGGAGGCCUUCACAGUCCUCGGAAUGCAGCUGGACAUCAGUCGUUUGCAUGAAGGUGCUGCCGUGCUGGCAAACAAGGAAGGCCGUGUCAAGCGCAUUUCCGAAAUGCUGGGCAGCAUCUUUGACAAGGGAGCCCUGGGCAGGCAUGAGGCGCAAGUUCUCCUUGGACUCUUGAACUAUGCCUCAGGUUUCUUUGCAGGCCGAUCCUUGAAGCCAGCGUGCCACUUCCUGCUCUCCUUGGUAAGGGGGAAGCGCCAAACGGCUGCCGAAAUAAAGCGCUUCUGCAAAACUACGCAGGCUGUCUUGAGCACCACUCCACCUAGAGUCCUUCGCAUCUUUGACCCUCGACCGCCCAUUCAUGUUUGGACGGAUGGAGCUUGGGAAGAUCCUUGGGCGGGAAUAGGUGCGGUUGUUCUUGACACGCUAGAUGAUAGUGCCAGGGUUUUUGCCGGUUGUGUACCCGCUAAGCUCUUGGAACGCUGGAAGCUGGAUGUGGGAUCGCAACUCAUAUGCGAGAUCGAGCUCUACGCUUUGGUCACUCUGCGUCGCAUGCUCCAAAACAGCUUGUGCAACAGAAGAGUCAUCUUUUGGCUUGACAACGAGGCCGCACGCACCUCAGCCAUCAAAGGUUUGAGCCAGAGCGAGUCGAUGUAUCGCCUCGCCCAUUAUCUUGCAGUGAUCGAAGCUGAGGCGACUUGUAUCGCUUGGUACGAGAGAGUGCCUUCCUUUUCCAACAUAGCCGAUCCCCCUUCACGAGGUGAGGGGCACAGCAUCCUCAGCUUGGUAGGCGCCAAGGUCGUGGAAGCUUUCAUCCAUGAUGAAAGCUCAAACCAGAGAUUCCUUCAUCAGGGGUUCGCGUGA